UCGGGACCGAGCCAGCCCUGGCAGCGACAUUCCAACGGAGGACCAUCGUUUUCUCCUGUCCUGUGAUGGGACCGCGUUUAGCCUAGAGGCUGUAAAAAUUCAUCUUAAACGAACAUAUCGGUUUAUUUGAUAGUUUAGUGGUCUCAGAGCAGGAUUGAAUCACGUUAUCGUGGUCUCGCGUUUAAAUGGCUUGAGUCUAAAAGACGUACAUCCCGAGACUGCGUAGCUUUGCGACCUCCAGAUUCUCACCUCUCCUCCGUAAUACCGAGCACCGAGAGAAACCCCCGAACAUGCCGCUCGGGCUGGGCCGAAGGAAGAAGGCGUCUCCGCUGGUGGAGAACGAGGAAGCCGAGCCGAUCCGCGCCGGGCUGAACGUGGACGGACUCGACAGCGCCCGGGUCGGGAUCGCUGAAGGCGUGACGCAGGAAGGUCUUCCUCCUCCGCCCACCAACCUGCGACCUCGUCUCAUUUUCCACACCCAGCUGGCGCACGGCAGCCCCACGGGCCGCAUCGAGGGAUUCAGCAACGUCCGCGAGCUCUACGCCAAGAUCGGGGAAGCCUUCGGGAUCCCGCCGGCAGAGGUCAUGUUUUGCACACUGAACACCCACAAAGUGGACAUGGACAAGCUGCUGGGCGGCCAGAUCGGCCUGGAGGACUUUAUCUUCGCUCACGUGAAGGGCCAGAGGAAAGAAGUGGAGGUGUUCAAAGGAGAGGACGCUCUAGGGCUCACCAUCACGGACAAUGGCGCCGGCUACGCGUUUAUUAAGAGGAUAAGAGAGGGCAGCAUCAUCCAUCAGAUCCAAAUCAUCAACGUCGGAGACAUGAUCGAGUCCAUCAACGGUCAGACGCUUAUCGGCUGUCGACACUACGAGGUGGCUAAGAUGCUCAAAGAGCUGCCGAGGGGGAAGGACUUCGUCUUGAAGCUGGUGGAACCGCUCAAGGCCUUUGAUAUGAUCGGCCAGCGGUCAGGGGGGAGAGCGGGGUCAGGCGUACAGCUGGGUACGGGCAGAGGGACAUUACGACUGAGGUCUAAAGGACCAGCAACGGUGGAGGAACUGCCCUCAGCGUUUGAGGAAAAGGCUAUUGCGAAAGUUGAUGAUCUCCUGGAGAACUACAUGGGUAUACGAGACAGUGAGCUCGCUGCCACAAUGGUGGAGUUGGGCAAAGACAAAAAGAACCCGGACGAGUUCGCGGAGGCUUUGGACGAGACGCUCGGCGACUUCGCUUUCCCGGACGAGUUUGUGUUUGACGUCUGGGGCGCCAUCGGCGAUGCCAAGGUGGGUCGGAUUUGAUCCCGAACGCGGCGGCGUGUAUCGGACUGAAAGGGAGGUGGUGCUGCCACCGACGACAUUGCUACUACAAACUACACUACAGAGUGAGUUUUACACACACAAACCUUCAGCUGUCUUUAUUCUGGACAUUCUCUGGGAGCGGGCUACAGUGUUCAUGCAGAAUAAUGAACUGCAGCGCUGAGCCCGGUGUUGACUCCGGAAGGAACAUUACACUCGCCCUUAAGACACUAAUGUGGAAUAUCAGUGUCGAAAUUUACCCCGGUUCUCUCUCAGAUACCCCAGAUAAAGGCUAUGAAAAAUUCCAAUCUGCACGUUGCACGUGUAAAUAUCUCUCUCUCUCUCUCUCUCCCUCUCUCUCUCUCCCCCCCCUCUCUCUCUAUCUAUCUUCUCCCUCUCUCUCUAUCUAUCUUCUGUCUUUCUCCUCUCUCUAUCUUCUCCCUCUCCCCCCCCCCUCUAUCUAUCUUCUCCCUCUCUCUCUAUCUAUCUUCUGUCUUUCUCCUCUCUCUAUCUUCUCCCUCUCUCUCCCCCCCCUCUCUCUGUCUAUCUUCUCCCUCUCUCUCUAUCUAUCUUCUGUCUUUCUCCUCUCUCUAUCUUCUCCCUCUCUCUCCUCCCUCCCUCUCUCUCUCUAUCUAUCUUCUCCCACUCUCCUCUCUCUAUCUUCUCCCUCUCUCUCUCUCUCCUCCCUCUCUCUCUCUAUCUAUCUUCUGUCUUUCUCAUCUCUCUAUCUUCUCUCUCCUUCUCUGUAUCUUCUCCCUCUCUCUAUAUUCUUUCUCUCUCUUUAUCUUCUCUCUCUCUCUCUUUAUCUUCUAUCUCUCUAUCUUCUCCAUCUCUCACUCUAUCUUCUCUCUCUCUCUCUCUCUCUCUCUCUCUCUCUCUCUGACUCUUUAUAAAACUGUGACGUUCACUUUGCACUGUUACACUGUAUGAACUGUACUGCCACGCCAUGUUCCAACACACACACUCACACACACACUCUCUCUCUCUCUCUCUCUCUCUCUCUCUCUCUGUCUGUCUGUCCUUGUGCAUGUGCAGUUCAGUUCUGGACCACUUUGUGAUGUAACACUACAGCGACUCCUUAAAGCAUGUUUAUCAUGUUUUCGUAUUCCUCACGUCUUCUCCUUUAUAUGAUCAUUUAUUCCCUACACGUUCCUUAAGAUAAUCAGGUUUUCAUACGUGUCCAAAUGUGUGUCCAGUUACAUUUAACACUUGUAUUGUUUUAAAUGUUUUUUUUUUUUUUUGGUUAGUAUUUUUUUUUUUUUGGAUGAGGAGGGGAAUUACAUGUGUCGCAUGUAUACUUGAUGUCGUAAAACGACGUAGGACGUAGGCGAAUGCAAGAUCGAUCAAACGAAAUAAAAACCGCCGAGAGACGGCCGUCUCCUUCCGAACGCGGUGAAAUAAUCCUUGACGUUACUCAUUUCCUCUAAAUCUAAAUUUGAAACGGCAAACUUUUAUGCGUUUAUUAAUCGACUAGGCUUGGGUAAAUAGCUCCAGUUCAUUAAUGUGAUGGAAAGGGGUCGGUAUGGGGUUCAUUUUUACAGCGAAAACGUAAACAAAACGUUAACGUGUGCAAGCAAAAUGGAGCUAAGAUCGGAAGCAGAUGUUGCGAUUAGAAAGAGUGAGAAUCGGAUCGACCGAGCUAACAGUCAGGUUCUUUCUCUAAACACCGGUUCACAAAUAGACGUUUAAGGUGGCGCUAGAAAAGUAGGCUUGUGCGAUAUAACGAUAUCAUCAUCCCUACACCAUAUUACACUUUGACACGAUUCUCCAGAGACGUUCCUGAAUAUCGCCGAUCAUAUUAUAUUAUACUACCAGACCUGCCAGCCUUAACGCAUAUUGCGUAGGAGCUCCGCAGUUGAACUGUCUGGAAGCUCCGCCCCUUCCCCAGCGAUCUCACGUUACUUUGACACGUACCACCUACCGAAACAUUGUUGCAGACCAAAUACACCCCUUCGUGGCAUCGGUUUUCCCUAACGGCAGGAUAACGCGCCCUGACACACUGCACAAAUGGUUCAGGAGCGGUUUGAGGAACAUGACAGAGUUCAAGGUGUUGACUCGGCCUCCGAAUUCCCCAGAUCUCGAUCCGAUCGAGCCUCUGUGAGACGUUCUGGACAAACGGGUCCGAUCCAUAGAUGUUUUGUUUUGGAGGUUUAACCCCCCCCCCCCCCCCCUCCUCCCUCCCCGCCCCCUCCUUUACUGCGUAUUAGUACCGAGUCGCCUAAAAUCCCACCAUCCGGCUGAGGUUUCGCGAUCGCCGGAGCUCCUGAAAUACGCACAGCCGACGAUAUCAUAACGUCCAUCCCGUACUCUCCUCAAACCUGAAGUGGUCGGACGUGCCCGUUUUCCCCAUUCGCUCGAAUCGCGUCCUCUAUCGCGACGUUUUAAAAAGGAAGAUUGCGCUUAAGAGGAUAAUCGGUAUCGCACAAGCCUACUCGGAAGCAAAAUGCAGAAUCGGAUGGAUAAAUAAAUAAAUAAAUAAAGCGACGAGUGACGUUUCCAUGGCGAGUUUAACGUCGUCGUCUCGUAAUUUUUGCUCGCGAAAUGAACUCCUUUAGCCAAACCCAAGAAUGAACUUCCUGUUUCCAGAUGGACGCAUUUCUCAUUCGCAUUUCAGCAAGCGGGUUCGCGUAAGCAAAGAAUCGAGGAAGACGUAGAGGAACGCUCUAAACCGCAGUCUGAUGCCAAACCAAGGAUCAGUGUUAAACUGUUAUUCAUGCAAUAUUUCAAGUGUGAUGCUGCAUUUUGUCUCAGUAAUAUUCAGUUUUCCACGUAAGCCGAUAUUAUUCAAGUAUUGUUCGAGGAGGAGGAGGAGGAGGAUGAUGAUGAUGACGUGGGUUGAAAGGUCACUGCCUCUUAAAGCAACCAGCUAGCAAGCGUUCAGUUCAUUCCAUCUCAUUGUUGAGGUUAAGGACAGGGCUCUUGUUGUUCAUGUGUUUAUGUACCACACUGUUCUUGUCCGUAUUUAGCUGGAUUUUUAGUUGUUUUUUUUUUUUAAAUGUUUUGCUUUUUAUCGUUCUGUUAUUGACUCUCUUGUCUUCUUGGCUUAUUUCACUGUAUUAUAGAUCAAAUGUCGUUUUUAAAGAAAAGAUCAAUGCUGUUACAAACACAAACACUGAUGUUACACUGUUUAAACGUCCCGACGUGCUGUCGAAGUGCAAUCGGAGAGCGCAUCCAGGAGCUGGAAUGUCGUUUCACAUGUUUACUCGCUACACCCAUUUCUCAGCUUCAUUAAAACAAACCAUCUAAUUUGA